UACGUGUGACGGUUUAUCAAUUAUUUUAAAAGUAAACAAAUUAAAUAGAAAAUGUUUAUUAUUUUAUUAGUGUGUUUCACAUGUGUUAUUUAUUAUUUUAAUUUUCGUCGAAUGAGACGACCUCUGUAUGAAUUUUCCGCAAAGUUACCGGAAGUCGGAAGUUUACCGUUACUCGGCCAUACGCAUUGGUUUAUUGGCGGACCAGAGAAAUUGUUGGGAAAUAUUCGCCAACUCGCGAGCCUUUUGAAUGAUUGUCCUCACAAUGUAAACAAAGUUUGGGUGGGACCUUCACUCUAUAUAGUGACUUUUAACCCUGAUGACAUACAAAAAAUAUUGGAAAAUUGUCUUCAAAAGGACUCUUCAUAUAAGUUUUUGCAAGAUUGGCUUGGAAACGGACUAUUUGUCGCCCCAGUUGACUUAUGGAAAGUGCACCGUAAGCUCCUAUUGCCAAUAUUUCACAAUCGUAUAAUAGAAGAUUACAUCAAUGUGUUCGGAGAACAAGGCACUAUACUUGUGAAACAAAUGAAGGAAAAAGUAAAUAAACCUGAGUUUGAUGUCUACAAAUAUGUUACAUCAUGUAUGUUGGAUAUUGUUUUCGAAACGGCAAUGGGCGAGAAAAUGGACGUGCAGCAUAAUCCUGACACCCCUUACCUUCGGUCAAGAAACUUAGUCAUGUCUAUAAUAAACAUGCGUCUGUUUAAAGCCUGGUUGCAGCCAGAUGCACUAUUCAAUCUGACUUCAUAUUCCAGUAUACAGAAGGAAAAUAUUGCUCUCACACAUAAAUUUACAGAUGAGGUUGUUAGUAAUAAACGAAUUGCUUUUGAAGCCCACGGUGAAAAUAUUACAAAAGAGCGCAGAGAUCUUCUGGAACUCUUACUGGAGAGAAAUCCAAAUUUUACGGAUGAACAAUUAAGAGAACAUAUCGAUUCAAUAACAAUAGCGGGUAAUGAUACUACUGCAUUGGUAAUAAGCUACACACUUCUACUGCUGGGAAGCCAUUAUGAAGAACAGAAUAGAGUUUAUGAGGAGCUUAAAGAUAUUUUCGGAGAUUCAAUGAGGGCACCAACCAAAGAAGAUUUAAGUAAAAUGGAAUAUUUGGAACGAGUUAUCAAGGAGACGAUGCGGCUCUACACCGUUGUCCCAAUUAUUGCAAGGAAGACACAAAAAGAACUUAAACUUUCUACCUGUACCGUACCAGCGGGUGUAGGAUGCGCUAUCCUGCCCUUCGUAUUACAUCGGUCGGAGAAAAUUUGGGGUUCUGAUGCAGAUUGCUUUAAUCCUGACAGAUUUCUACCAGAAAACAGCGCUCACCGACACCCAUGUUCGUUCUUACCUUUCAGCUAUGGCACACGAAAUUGUAUUGGUCGACAUUUCGGCAUGUUGGCGAUGAAGAGCAUCAUAGCAAAUGUACUAAGAUCUUACAAAGUGUCGUCUCAAGAAUGCGGACGCCUAAAAAUUGAAAUACUGCUUAUGCCGGUUUCAGGCCACCUUAUUACUUUAGAAAAACGAUAAGAAUUUAAAGUAUAGGUAAUUAAAUUGAUUUGUUGCAUUUAUUAUGUGUAAUUUAAAUUUUCUAUAUGCCCAGCCUCCUCAUCUUUUACAUAAGAUAAAUUUAAUAAUAAGAUAAGUGGCAGCACAUUCAUAGAAAUAAUUUAUUAUGAAAUCAUAAUCAGCGAUUUAUAAAUUUCACUGGUUAAUCUGGAUUGUGGAAAAUGUUUGUGUAGUGUACAUACAGUGCGUAUGUAAAAUA